AUCUACACUCUUUCCCUACACGACGCUCUUCCGAUCUGGGCGCCAUCAUUGCGUUCUUAUGGUGAUGGUGGUUGCGCUCCUGAGUUGGUGAAAUCAGAAAUUUCAAAUAAGUCUUUAAUGUAUUGUUGGCAAAAUAUUGUCAACAAAAAGGAAGAAAAAUCUGUAAUCAAUAAUCAUAUCUCCGGUAGCCUAAAAAUAUUGGACGCAACGGCUAAACAUACUGCAAAUACAAUCGUUUCGAAAGUUUCGAAUCUUCGAGAGAUAGAUGCAGAUGUUAAUGAACGUUCAGAGUCCGAUGAUGAUUUCAGACCUCCAAAAAAGUCCACAAAGCGGAAAAAAAAUUUAUCGUUACGAAAGAGUAAAGAGUCGGUUGAUUCGGCUGUAUCCAAGAAGGUCAGAACCACGAUGGGCAUGCCAUCAUUACCGGUAGUACGAAGAGAGGCAACAGCACAAUCAAAUUCAUCGAAUAAAUCAAGCAUAGUCCGAUAUUCGUCAUCAAAUUCGGAAAGUGGAGGGGCUACAGGAAUUACUAGUGGUAUAAACGAAAUUAAUAGUUUGGAGUAUGAUAGGUCACAUACUCCGCCUCAUCAAAUUCGCUCUGCAUCUGAAAAUCAAGACCUACUUAAACGAUUAAGACAGGAAAAACAGCGAACGAAAUCCACCGAACCAAUCUGUUCGAACAUAAUUGACACAACAAACAAGCUUUUAAUGAAUAGAUUGAAAAUCAAACGCGACUACACAUGGGAUCCUGUCACUAAUGAGGCUACAAAAUAUAUUGAUGAAUUAAUCGAUAACUCUGAUACUCGCGAUAAAUUCCGUUGCAAGCUUCAACUUUCAUAUGUUCCACCAGAUGAAACAUAUUCAUUUAGCAAACACUAUGAAAUAAAAUGGGUUCAUUGUUUUGCUGACAAAUUGGCAUCAUUUUUUGAAGCUCCGCGGAAUCCGCUCUUAAAUAAAAACUCAGAAGGUUGGCUGAAUUGCCAUAUCUUGGCUUCGCUAAUUGAGGAUUGCUUUCUAACAUGCGAGGAAAUUCAAGUUCAUCGAGGUGAAGAGAUGUCAUUGGCAUCUAUUGAGCGUAAAAAUUUAUCAAGGGAAGAAUCGGAAAAAAAGCAAUAUGGGCACAAAAUUGAUAUUAUUUUUCGCAUCGAUGACAUAGAAUAUUUUGGGUCAGAAACGUAUGCUGAUGAAGAUUCACAAAACUCCAAACCGAUUUCCUACAAGCAAAAACUUUUCCGCGAAAUGAAGGAUCAACUAGACCGUCUCUUAAAGAAGCUAAAAUUUACAAGGGAAACGAUUAAGGAGAUAAAGAAUAUUGCUAUACAUGGAAUAAAUCAAGGAGGUCAUAAUGGAAAGAUCUAUGCAAUGUACUACGAUAAUGACCUUCAAUGUUAUUUCGUUUUUGAGACAUGUCGGUAUCGGAUCGGUACUACGUGGGGAAGUAUUCCAGAAAGUCUCAUGUCUUUAAAAGAUAUUCUAUGUUUAAAGACUAGGCUCUCUAUAUUAGAACGGGGAAAUAUCAAAAGUAUUUCUACGGAAGAUGUUUCACAAUCUCCAGUAAAUUAUAACGAUACUCCAAAACAGAUAGUGCAACAAUGUGAUGAUACCCCGGAUUCGAUGAUCCUCAUAUCUCCCGCAGAAACCAUAUCAUUGGAAGAGAAGGAAGGAAGAAAAUGA